AUUUUUAUUUUUAGGAUUUGGGGUGACACCAUCGAUUACCGCCCUGGGUGUCAUCCAUUACGCCACUAGUAAACCGACCGCUUCUGCUGACGAUGAAUAUUUCGUAUUGGCUCAUACGGAAUCAAUCUGACAUCUGACGUUAUCAGUACGAGUACGAAAGAUACGAGUAACGAAAUGAAUGCGAACGUUUGGUUAUUUUGUUUUGAGUCUGGUUGGUAAGGUAAAUACCCGUUACUAAGUAACAAAUACUUACAUACAUUUUGAUACAGCUCUACUUAUCAGUAAAAUACUAACGGGAAUUUCAUUCACGUACGCGUAGUCGCGUGUCGCGUUAGUUACCUUUAUACGUUCGUGACAAAUACAUCGUUUAUGAAAAUGUCAAGUGAGGACAAAACCAAACAGGCGUUACAUUGGAUACUGGAAUCCAUUGGAACGUCGAAUUUAAAAGUAAACUUUAAAACAAGAGAAGAUAAUUUGGAAGGGUUCAUGGCAGACACGUUGUUAGCUGAGGUUAUACUACAAAAUGGCGAAGUAUUGUAUCUCUUUAUUAAAAUUGGGCGCAUGAAUCUUAAAAGUAAGGCUCCAAUAGUAACCGACUGUUCUAAACGAGAAAUUUACUUCUACAGAAAUGUGGUGUCAUCCUAUCAACGAUUUCUACAAGAGAAGAAUCUAAGUGAGAAGGAUUUUCUUUCCAUACCAAAAUGCUACAAAACGUUUCUUAGUGACACUGAAGAAGUUAUUGUUCUGGAAGACAUAAAACCAAAAGGGUACCAACUGUUUAACAGACAUCUGCCCAUGAACUUAAGUCACAUAAAGAUGGUCUUAACAAGCCUCGCAAAGUUACACUCCAUUUCCUUUGCCCUAAAAGCUCAGAAACAGGACGAAUUUGCCAAACUUACAGAAAAUUACAGCUCACUUUUGGGAAAAAACAUGGAUUUCUACAGAGAUUCGUUUAAUAAUCGGCUAGAUAAACUUAUAGAAAAAUUACAGUUCUAUCACAAAAAUAUUCAGGCAGACAAAGUUAAAAAACUAAAGAAAUCAGACAUUAUUGAUAUUUUACAACGUAUUAUCAAUGAUAAUCCACAAGAAGCAAUUGUGUUACAUGGGGAUAGCCAUAAUAACAACUUUCUAUUCCAAUAUAAGGACUCAAAUACAGAGCAUCCGUCAAAACUAAUAAUGGUCGAUUUCCAACUAUCUUUCCUACAUUCACCAGUAAUAGAUCUAAGCUACUUCUGGCACUUUGUAGCCUCCACACAAGAAUAUCCUCAUCUCACAGAACUGUUGGAAUUUUAUCAUAAAGAACUUUCAACGAAUCUGAACCUUUUAGGAUGUAACUCGGAUGAAUUAUUUUCUCUAGAUACGUUAUGGACGCACUGGAAGAAGUAUUCUUUAUAUGGAUUUAUCCAAGCGGUAUUGUUUACGUAUUUAUUAUAUGUUGAUCACGAAGACUUGCAGAAAAUAAAUGACGGGUCUCAGGGAACCAAAGUUCAGAAGCUUGUUGGGGUCCAGCUGAAAAAUGACGAAGCUUACGUACAAAGAAUAUCAGCAUUAAUUGAUUACUAUAAGCUAGAUUGAACCUUAUUACCUAGUAUAGUUAUUAUAAUAUCCUUUAUACUAAAGCAUUACCUAUACAUAUACUAAACGUAUUAUAUUAAAUCAUUUUUUUAUAUA